AUGGGCUGCACUAGCGCCAUCGUCUUCACCUGCUUCGGGGCUGCAUACGGAACCGCAAAGGCCGGUGUUGGUAUCUCGUCGAUGGGUGUUCUCAGGCCAGACCUGAUUGUCAAGAAUAUCAUUCCAGUCAUCAUGGCUGGUAUCAUUGCCAUCUACGGUCUUGUCGUGUCGGUCCUGAUCUCGAACGACCUCAACCAAAAGACCUCCCUCUUCGCAGGGUUCAUUCAACUCGGUGCUGGUCUAUCUGUCGGUCUCGCUGGUCUUGCCGCAGGCUUCGCCAUUGGCAUCGUUGGUGACGCUGGUGUCCGCGGUACCGCACAGCAGCCAAGGUUGUUCGUCGGAAUGAUCCUAAUUCUCAUUUUCGCUGAAGUCCUGGGCCUGUACGGACUCAUCGUUGCCCUGCUGAUGAACUCGCGCGCUGGCUCCGGCGCUGAGUGCUAA